AUGACCAUCAAGGCCGCCCACUUCACCCCCGAGGUGCUCCUCUCGGCCCCGCGCCGAUCCGCCGGAGUCCCCAAUUCCACCGGCGAGCUGGUGCUCUACACUGUGUCGUCAUACUCGUUCGAGACGCACUCCAGAUCGUCCUCUAUCCGCGUCUUGAAUAUCGACCACGGCUCGUCUCAUGUCAUCUCCGAGGAUCCGGCAGCCAGCGACCCCGUCUGGAUAUCCGAGAAAGACGUCUUGUACUUCAAGGUCGGCGACAAGGAAUGCACCACUCUCUGGUCCCAGCAUGUCGCCGACGCUUCCGAACCUCGCCUGGUCCACUGCGUCACGGGCAACCUUGCUAGCCCCAAGGUCAAGCAAUUGUCAGACGGCAAGGUUGCCUUGUGUUGCGGCGCCCUGACGACGCCCAAGGGAGAAAUGUACUGGCCGCCGGCAGAGUCCAAGACUCUCUCGACUGCCAAGAUCUACUCGUCGCUCUUUGUCCGCCAUUGGGACGCGUGGGAGACAGACAACAAGAGCUCGCUUUGGUACGGUCAGCUCGCCAAGGUGGACGGCAAGUGGACGCUCGAAGGCCCCGGUCUCACGAAUCUGCUCGCCGGCACCCCCUUGGUCUCCCCCGUGCCCCCCUUCGGCGGCACCGGCGACUUUGACAUUGCCAGCGACGCCAUCUGUUUCGUCGCCAAGGACCCGGAGCUGGAUCCCGCCACCCACACCAAAACGGACCUCUACUAUGUCCCCAUCAAUUCCUUCACCCGCGUGCCUGCGGCCCCCCCGUCCAUGGUCAAGACGGGCAAGCUCCGCGGAUACUCAGUCGCCCCAGCUUUCUCCAGGGAUGGAAAGCAGAUCGCCUUCGCCAGGAUGAAGAACGACCGGUAUGAGUCCGACAAGGCGAGACUCCUCCUCAUCCCCGACGUCAAAGACCUGACCAACGUCCAAGAGUUCUACGAAUCCCAAGACGGCAACGGCGGUUGGGAUCGCAACCCGGAGUCCAUCACCUGGAGCCACGACGCCAAGGAGCUGUUUGUCGCGGCGGAAAUGCAUGGCCGCGCCAAGCUCUGGAAGCUGCCCUCGACUCCCCUUGAAGCCAAGCACCCGCCCGAGGCAAUCCACGAAGAUGGCUCCGUCACAUUUGCCAACCUCCUCGGGGAUGGCCCUUCGCUCCUCAUCACCACCAGGUCUCUGGUCGAGAGCUCAAACUACUCCAUCCUCGACCCCUCCGCCAAAAAAGUAAUCGAGGUUUCGUCCAUCUCCAAGCACGGCAAGUCGUACGGUCUAUGUAAGUCGCAGCGCGACGAAAUCUGGUAUCCAGGCUCGGCCGGCUACGACAAUCAUGCGCUCGUCGUCAAGCCGUCAAGUUUUGAUGCUUCGAAAAAGUAUCCCCUCGCCUUCCUGAUUCACGGCGGUCCUCAAUCGGCCUGGACAGACGACUGGAGUACCCGCUGGAAUCCCGCGAUCUUUGCUGAACAAGGCUAUGUAGUCGUAUGCCCCAACCCGACGGGCAGCACAGGCUAUGGCCAGCAGCAUGUCGAUGCCAUCACGUGCAACUGGGGCGGCAGCCCAUAUGAGGACCUCGUCAAGUGCUUUGAGUACCUGGAAAAGGAGGUUGACUACAUUGACACGUCGCGUGCCGUUGCCUUGGGAGCCUCGUACGGCGGCUAUAUGAUCAACUGGAUUCAGGGCCAUGAGUUGGGGCGAAAGUUCAAGGCCCUGGUCUGCCACGACGGGGUCUUUUCGACGCAAAAUCAGUGGUCGACUGAAGAGCUAUUCUUCCCGAUGCAUGAUUUCGGCGGUACGCUCUGGGAGAACCGGGAUAACUACGCCAAAUGGGAUCCAUCGCUACACCUUCACAACUGGGAAACGCCACAGCUGUUGAUCCACAACGAACUGGACUACCGUCUGCCCAUCUCUGAAGGCUUGGCCAUGUUCAAUGUUUUGCAGGUGCGAAAUGUGCCUAGCAAGCUCGUGGUCUUUCCGGAUGAGAACCAUUGGGUUACCAAACCCGAAAACUCGUUGGUAUGGCAUAGGGAGGUUCUCAACUGGAUCAACAAGUACAGCGGCGUUGCCGAUGAGUGA